UGCCUGCUGAGUAAACGAUCAGGGAUUCUGGCCGCCUGAAGCUCCGGGUGAACACUGCUUAGCGCAGAGUUAGAAGAACUAUUGGCCGAGGGUAUAUUCGCGAUUGACAAGAUUCGGGCAGUGUAAAACAGGAUUUAAAACAUGGAUAGUCGCUUACAAGAGAUCCGGGAGCGACAGAAGUUACGGCGGCAGCUCCUUGCUCAGCAGUUGGGAGCUGAGAGUGCCGACAGCAUUGGAGCUGUGUUAAAUAGCAAAGAGGAACAGAGAGAAAUUGCUGAAACAAGAGAAACUUGUAGGGCUUCCUAUGAUACCUCUGCUCCAAAUACAAAACGCAAGUACUUGGAUGAAGGAGAAGUAGAUGAAGACAAAGUGGAAGAAUAUAAGGAUGAACUAGAACUGCAACAGGAAGAAGAAAAUUUGCCUUAUGAAGAAGAGAUUUACAAAGAUUCUAGUACUUUUCUUAAGGGAACACAGAGUUUAAAUCCCCAUAAUGAUUACUGCCAACAUUUUGUGGACACUGGGCAUAGACCUCAGAAUUUCAUCAGGGAUGUAGGUUUGGCUGACAGAUUUGAAGAAUAUCCCAAACUGAGGGAACUCAUUAGGCUAAAGGAUGAGUUAAUAGCUAAAUCCAAUACUCCUCCUAUGUACUUACAAGCAGAUAUAGAAGCCUUUGACAUCAGAGAACUAACACCCAAAUUUGAUGUGAUUCUUUUGGAACCCCCUUUAGAAGAAUACUACAGAGAGACUGGCAUCACUGCUAAUGAAAAAUGCUGGACUUGGGAUGAUAUCAUGAAGUUAGAAAUUGAUGAGAUCGCAGCACCCCGAUCAUUUAUAUUUCUCUGGUGUGGUUCUGGGGAAGGGCUGGACCUUGGAAGAGUGUGUUUACGAAAAUGGGGUUAUAGAAGAUGUGAAGAUAUUUGUUGGAUUAAAACCAAUAAAAACAAUCCUGGGAAAACCAAGACUUUAGAUCCAAAGGCUGUUUUCCAGAGAACAAAGGAACAUUGCCUGAUGGGGAUCAAAGGAACCGUGAAGCGUAGCACAGAUGGGGACUUUAUUCAUGCUAAUGUUGAUAUUGACUUAAUUAUCACAGAAGAACCUGAAAUUGGAAAUAUAGAAAAACCUGUAGAAAUUUUUCACAUAAUUGAGCAUUUUUGUCUUGGAAGGAGACGUCUUCAUUUAUUUGGAAGAGAUAGUACAAUUCGACCAGGCUGGCUUACAGUUGGACCAACACUAACAAACAGCAACUACAAUGCAGAAACAUACGCAUCCUAUUUCAGUGCCCCAAAUUCUUACCUGACUGGAUGUACGGAGGAAAUCGAGAGACUUCGACCAAAGUCGCCUCCGCCCAAAUCUAAAUCCGACCGAGGAGGUGGAGCUCCCAGAGGUGGAGGGCGAGGGGGAACGUCUGCUGGCCGUGGUCGAGAAAGAAAUCGAUCCAACUUCCGAGGAGAAAGAGGUGGCUUUAGAGGGGGCCGUGGAGGAGCACACAGAGGGGGCUUUCCACCUCGAUAACUUAGAUACUGAUUCUCCUAA